AUGGCUCAAGUGGAGAAACAGAUCGUAGCCGCGCAGAAAUUUUUGCAGAAUGUGGUUGCGUUACCUACUUUUGAUGACUUGCGUGGCAAGCAAUUGAAGCGCUUGAUAGCGUUUCUUGGCAAGAAUGUGCUGAGUGUUGAGCAGUCCGCAGCUUUGAUGCCAAUCCUGGAUUGCAAUGUCUGGGGUUUGCACAUGGAGGAGUUGAAAACUUGUAUUGCUCAGCAAACCUGUGAUGAGAAUGACGAAACCACAGCUGCUUCGCGUGCAGCGCUCCAGGAUUUCACCAACAUUCCACAUUAUUUGAGCCAAGACUGGUGGAAUUUGCUUGAAAGUGGAAAGGAUAAGGUGAGAAAUUUGGAGUCGCUGUGCGGCUUAGCUGCUUCGCUGGGCUUGAGGAAUGCGUCCGAACCAACGUACGCAGGUUUAUGUGCGUUGGCCUUUUGUGUGGGUGGCAUGCAGUUGCUGGAAGAAGACAAGUUGAAGCUGCUGACUUUGCAUAAGUCACGUAUGAAAAAGGUAUUCAGUAACGCAGUGCCGUUGGCUUCUGUCAUGGAUGUCUUGCCAAGUUCACCUGAAGAUUGUUCAAAGCAAUUUUUGAACGCGGCAUAUCCAAACGGAUUUGUUGCAGGGACUCCAGUGACAAAGUCAAUGGAUUAUAUCUGUCGGCUGGUUGCCACGUAUCCGUGUAGACGCCGCGGGAAGGUGGCGGCAGAGUUGAAAAGCGAGCUGGAAUCUCCUGUCACAAAGACGUUAAGUCGCUUUGCAGCAGUAGCGAAGGCUUUCUCGCAUCAUAUGGUUGAGCCAAGAGAGAAAGAGGAGCUUCCGGGAUUGAAGUUGUUGCGUCCAGAAGCAACGGCAGUCUCCGAAAGUUCAGUUCCGACGCAGGCAAAACAGCUUGCACUGCUGGAUCGACAGCCAGAUGCAACCGCAGAAGCAGUAGAGGAGGCGACCCAGGCAGAACCUCCGUCAGUAACUGUUGCAAAACUAAAGGAGGCGUUGAACACAGAGAAAGCAGCGGAGUCGCAUCCGAAGAAGGGGCAAAAAAUGACCCCGCCGAAAGAGAAGGUGAAGAAGAGGGAAAAGACAGCAGAGCUGAAGGAGUCGCAAGUCACUGCUGUGAAAAAAAGCCGGCUCGCAAAGGGCCGGUUCAUCGAAAGCCUGCUUCUCACUCUAACUGCUGACUACGAUGAGAAGCGACGGCGGGUUUUGAAAUUGGUGCCAGCUGCGGUUUUGUCGCGUUUCAAAGGCGGCUGCUCUCGAUGCUAUCACAGGGAAUACUGCACAGUGAUUGCUUCACCUGCGUGGUGGGGCGUGCCACCUGCGUGGUGGCACUUUCACCGUACCUGCGUGGUGCGUUGCCUCACCUGCGUGGUGGGGCGUGUCACCUGCGUGGUGGCACUUUCAACGCACCUGCGUGGUGUGUUGCCUCACCUGCGUGGUGGGGCGUGUCACCUGCGUGGUGGCACAUUCAACGCACCUGCGUGGUGUGUUGCCUCACCUGCGUGGUGGGGCGUGUCACCUGCGUGGUGGCACUUUCAACGCACCUGCGUGGUGCGUCGCCUCACCUGCGUGGUGGGGCGUGUCACCUGCGUGGUGGCACUUUCAACGCACCUGCGUGGUGCGUUGCCUUACCUGCGUGGUGAGGCGCGUCGCAUGACUAGCGAGUCGGAGGAGGAGGACACCGAGGAGGAAGUGAAAUUAGAAGAGAAGGCAGACGACCAAGGGGUUGAAGGGCCUGCGCCAGCAGCAGGAGAGAUUGCCCCGGAGGCGUCCCGUGACAAGAACAAGGAGAAAGACAAGAAGGCGAAGUCCAGUGAGAAGAAGUCCAAGGAGAAGAAGGCGGAACGGUCCCCUUCCCACAGGAAGUCCAAGAAGGCUUCCCGCUCUCGUUCGCACAAGAAGUCCAAGGAGAAGAAGGCAACCCGCUCCCGUUCUCACAGGGAUCGUGGCAGACGUCGAUCCCGACGACGGGAGUCAGGACGCGACCGCGCGACGGUUCGCAGAGGCAAGCAAGAGGAAGAUCAGGCAAUUGGUCACGAGGCAGUGGAUCGGACCAAACCGCCUCCCGAGCCUGACCAACCUCCCAAAAUGCCUGGAACUUCCGCUCGCCCAGCCUCGAAAGGGAAAGGCAAGGAGGGGAAACCCAAACGGUGGGUUUGUAGAGAUUGUGGGGGUAGAACAGCCCCAUAUGAAUCCGCUAUGGAGCAACAUCGUUGGAGCAACGAACAGUGUCUCACGUGGCAGCGCUGGAAUCAGCUCUCAAAAGUUCAGCAGACGAAGGCCGCGUGGGAUGCCUGCUGCCAGGAUGCUCAACGUCUGCGACUCACGCGUCGCACAGACGCGCCCGAAGUUGCUCCAGCAAAUCGCAGCGCUUCCCCACAGACAGUUGCCUCCUCCAAGAGCCGUGGUCAGAAGCCGGCUACUGCGGCGUCACCGGUUGUUGCUGCGAGCAACGCUGAGAAGAAGAAGGUGAAGAAGCACCGCGAGCGAUCUGAGGAGUCUAGCUCAGGUGCCACGCCUGUGCGGCGCAGACGCCAUCGUCGGAGGGAAUCCUCUUCGUCGCAUGGGCACCGUGAGCGCCGUGACGGCCGAUCCGUGGUCGAGAUCCUUUGGGUCCGUCUGAUGCGCCGUGAUUGCAAUUUCACCGUGGAGGUGAACAAGGUGGAGUCUCUGCGCAGCUUCUUGGAAGAAGUGGCGCAGCAGUAUGUGCCUGGACGCUGGUGUCCUAAAAUCCCUGAAGAUUGGACAGACGUGUGGGUAAGCACCCGGCAUUGCCUCGAUAUGGCACAGGCCAGGGCCUAUGAGCUCAAACUGUGCCAAGAAGAGGAAUCGCUGGCGAAGCUGAAGCGGUUGCUCCUGGUUGCGACUGCGCAAGAUGUCCGCACCGUGUGUGUGGAUGAGGGCGGCAGCCUGCACGUUCGCUGUGCGACUGAGAUAUAUGAACCACAGGAGUGGAGCAACUUCGAAGCACGGGUGGGCUCGUAUCAUGCGGACGAGUUGCAUGCUGCCGCGAUAGAUUUGGGGCGCUUGCAGUCUCUUCUCAACACGGACAAGUGGUUGGAAGAAGUGCAAUGGAUCAAGUUGGCCGUGACGCAUCUGCAGUUUAUGUAUUUUGAGUUCCGGCGCUCGCCCUGA